AGCAGCAGCAGCAGCCGCAGAGGUAGAGUCGGAGGUGGUGGAGGAGCGAGAGCACCAUGAACACACAGGUGUUUCUGAGCAGUAAUCAGAGAGCUGGGAAGGAGAAAAAGGCACCUUUGAGUUUUUACCUGUGAACACAAUAGCCCUGAGAGAGACAAUCUGAAAGCAAAGAGGAAGAGAUUUGGUCAGUCACACCAAGAGAGACCAAAGUGGAAAGUUUUGGGUUUUGUUCUUGUUUUUGUUUGGUUUUGUUUGGUUUUGUUUGGUUUUGUUUUUUGUUUUUUGUUUUUUUUUUUUCCUGUGUUUCCUUUUUCCCCGCGUGUCACUACAAUGGUCAGAAAGCCCGUUGUGUCCACCAUCUCCAGUGGAGGUUACCUGCAGGGCAAUGUUAAUGGGAAGCUGCCUUCUUUGGGUGGCAAGGAGCCACCUGGGCAGGAGAAAGUGGUGCUGAAGAAGAAAAUCACUUUGCUGAGGGGCAUCUCCAUCAUCAUUGGCACGAUCAUUGGAGCAGGAAUCUUCAUCUCUCCUAAGGGCGUGCUCCAGAACACGGGCAGCGUGGGCAUGUCUCUGAUUAUCUGGACAGUCUGUGGGGUCCUGUCUCUGUUUGGAGCCUUGUCCUAUGCUGAACUGGGAACAAGUAUAAAGAAAUCUGGUGGUCAUUAUACAUACAUUCUGGAAGUCUUUGGCCCAUUACCAGCUUUCGUACGAGUCUGGGUGGAACUGCUCAUAAUACGCCCUGCAGCCACUGCUGUGAUUUCUCUGGCAUUUGGACGCUACAUUCUGGAACCAUUUUUUAUUCAGUGUGAAAUUCCUGAACUUGCAAUCAAGCUCAUUACAGCCGUGGGCAUAACUGUAGUGAUGGUCCUAAACAGCAUGAGUGUCAGCUGGAGUGCCCGGAUCCAGAUUUUCCUAACCUUUUGCAAGCUCACAGCAAUUCUGAUAAUUAUAGUCCCUGGAGUUAUGCAGCUAAUUAAAGGGCAAACACAACACUUUCAAGAUGCCUUUUCAGGAAGAGAUGCAAGUAUCAUGGGGUUGCCACUGGCUUUUUAUUACGGGAUGUAUGCAUACGCUGGCUGGUUUUAUCUCAACUUUGUUACGGAAGAAGUAGAAAAUCCUGAGAAAACCAUCCCCCUUGCAAUCUGUAUAUCCAUGGCCAUCGUCACCACCGGCUACGUGCUAACAAAUGUGGCCUACUUUACGACCAUUAGUGCUGAGGAGCUGUUGCUUUCAAAUGCAGUGGCAGUGACCUUUUCUGAGCGGCUACUGGGAAAUUUCUCAUUAGCAGUUCCGAUCUUUGUUGCCCUCUCCUGCUUUGGCUCCAUGAAUGGUGGUGUGUUUGCUGUCUCCAGGUUAUUCUAUGUUGCGUCUCGAGAGGGUCACCUUCCAGAAAUCCUCUCCAUGAUUCAUGUCCGCAAGCACACUCCUCUGCCAGCUGUUAUUGUUUUGCACCCCUUGACGAUGAUAAUGCUCUUCUCGGGGGACCUCUACAGUCUGUUGAAUUUCCUCAGUUUUGCCAGGUGGCUUUUUAUUGGGCUGGCGGUUGCUGGGCUGAUUUAUCUUCGAUACAAACGCCCAGAGAUGCAUCGUCCUUUCAAGGUGCCACUGUUCAUCCCGGCUUUGUUCUCCUUCACGUGUCUCUUCAUGGUGGCCCUUUCCCUGUAUUCGGAUCCAUUUAGUACAGGGAUCGGUUUCAUCAUUACUCUGACUGGGGUCCCUGCAUACUAUCUCUUUAUCAUAUGGGACAAGAAGCCCAAGUGGUUUAGAAGAAUGUCAGACAGAAUAACCAGAACAUUGCAAAUAAUACUGGAAGUUGUACCAGAAGAAGAUUGUCAUAAAUUAUGAAUUAAUGCAUUUGAAAUCUUGGCAAUCUAUGCUUGGCCUUGUUUCUGCCCAAAGGGCUGAAACAAAAUGUGGAUCUUCACUUCAUUUUAUGAAAAUCCAGAAGAUUUCAACUUUGGUGAUGGACUAAAGGAAUCAGUUAUUUCUAUUCGUAUCUUUUAGUGUAUUCAAACUGGUUUCUAAGAAAUGUAGUUAUAACUCCAUGUAGUUAUAGAAAGUGGAUAUGCAAGCCUUCCAUGAGCUCACAUGAUCUUUGAAUCCCUGAUACCUAUAUGAAGUUAGAGGAAAAAGACUACUGCAUGACACAUUACUUCAGUGGUCUUUAUAACAUAUGGCUAAGAACCUUCAAACUGAACACCAAGAUGUUUUCUGUAUACAUGGGAUCUAUAACAGACAAUUUUUGCAUACUGUAGUUGACUAUACUGUGAAAAGUGUUUUCUAUUCUUCUGGGGGAUAAAAGGCACGCGUCAUCAUUAUGGACCAAGCAAAGGAAGAAAUUUAUUUCACAUCAGCAUUGUAUUGCUUCCCCAUAGAUACUAACUUAGAUACCAUCUUGUAAUGAAUUGUACCCAGAGCAUUUUGAACAAAGGGCAGGGGCGAUAUGCCCAAUUUUAAUGAAUACAUUAAAGAGCUUCUAGGGGCUGUUGUUCAUGAGAAAAA